AUGGACGGAAUCAAGAAGACGUUUGCGCAAUGCAAGAAGGAGGGCAGGUCUGCCCUCGUCACGUAUGUGACUGCAGGCUUCCCUACCGCCGAAGAGACACCCGACAUCAUGUUGGCCAUGGAGGCGGGCGGCUCAGACAUCAUUGAGCUCGGCAUGCCUUUCACCGAUCCCAUUGCAGACGGUCCAGUCAUUCAGACAGCGAACACUCAAGCUCUCAAAAAUGGCGUCACGAUUUCACAUGUCCUCCAAAUGGUCCGCGAUGCGAGAAAGCGCGGUCUCAAGGCACCUGUCCUGCUCAUGGGAUACUACAACCCUCUGCUGAGCUACGGCGAGGAGAAGAUGUUGCAGGAUGCAAAGGAAGCUGGUGCCAACGGCUUCAUCAUGGUAGAUCUCCCACCUGAGGAGGCUCUGCGCUUCAGGAACUUCUGCCGCAGCUAUGGCCUCUCCUACGUCCCUCUGAUUGCGCCAGCUACCUCGGAGCACCGUAUGCGCGUACUCUGCAAGAUUGCCGAUUCUUUCAUCUACGUCGUCUCUCGUAUGGGCGUUACUGGCGCUACCGGAACCAUGAAUGCCGCCCUUCCCCAGCUUCUCGAGCGCGUGCACAAGUACUCUGGAAAUGUGCCAGCGGCUGUUGGUUUUGGUGUCAGCACGCGCGACCACUUUUUGAGCGUGGGCAAGAUUGCUGAAGGUGUCGUCAUUGGUAGCCAAAUUAUCAACACUCUGCUCAAGGCUGCACCUGGCACUGGCGCAAAGGCGGUUCAAGAGUACUGCGACGGCAUCUGUGGAAAGAGCAGCCGGGAGACAACACGCGAGGUUGGCAUCAUUGAGACUUUGAACGAUGCUAAGGAGCCAACUGGUGUUCACGUGGACAAGGUCAUUACUGAUGCUGAUACCCCCGAUGGACCUGGCCUUGCCGACCAGCUGGACAUGCUCAAUACCGAGGACGCAAACGGAGAUGAUGACUUCAAAGAGAAGCACAAGUUCCCCGCACGGUUUGGCGAGUUUGGAGGCCAGUAUGUGCCUGAAUCACUCAUGGACUGUCUCCGGGAGCUUGAAGAUGGCUUUAAUACAGCGAUAGAUGACCCCAAGUUCUGGGAGGAGUACCGCUCAUACUAUGAAUGGAUGGGCAGACCCGGACACUUGCAUCUUGCUGAGCGCCUCACUGAGCAUGCUGGAGGAGCGAACAUCUGGCUGAAGCGAGAGGACCUCAACCACACAGGAAGUCACAAGAUCAACAAUGCACUCGGUCAGGUAUUGGUUGCGAGGAGAUUGGGAAAGACUGAGAUUAUUGCGGAAACAGGAGCUGGCCAGCACGGUGUUGCAACAGCGACUGUGUGCGCCAAGUUCAACAUGAAGUGUACCAUUUACAUGGGCGCUGAGGAUGUCAGGCGCCAGGCUCUUAAUGUGUUCCGCAUCAAGCUGCUUGGUGCGCAGGUCGUGGCCAUCGAGGCUGGAUCUCAGACUCUCCGCGAUGCAGUCAACGAGGCCAUGCGUGCCUGGGUUGUUAACCUUGACACGACGCACUACGUUGUGGGAUCUGCGAUUGGACCCCACCCGUUCCCGACAAUUGUGCGUACUUUCCAGUCGAUUAUUGGAAACGAGACCAAGGAGCAGAUGCAGGCGAAACGCGGCAAGCUUCCCGAUGCUGUAGUUGCGUGCGUUGGUGGUGGAAGUAACGCGGCAGGCAUGUUCUACCCAUUCUCCAAGGACCUUUCGGUUAAGCUUCUAGGUGUCGAAGCUGGUGGAGAUGGCGUUGAGACGGGACGACACAGUGCAACGCUUUCUGCAGGAACAAAGGGUGUUCUUCACGGAGUGCGAACCUACGUUAUCCAGAACACCGACGGACAGAUCCUCGAAACACACUCUGUAUCUGCUGGUCUCGAUUACCCCGGAGUCGGGCCCGAGUUGGCCAGCUGGAAGGACAGUGACCGGGCAAAGUUCAUUGCAUGCAAUGAUGCUGAAGCAUUUAUUGGUUUCAAGCUCCUGUCGCAGCUGGAGGGUAUUAUCCCCGCGCUAGAGACAUCCCAUGCCAUCUACGGAGCGAUUGAGCUGGCGAAGACGAUGAACAAGGAUCAGGACAUUGUCAUUUGCGUGUCUGGACGCGGUGACAAGGACGUGCAGAGCGUUGCCGAAGAGCUACCCAAGCUAGGACCCAAGAUUGGCUGGGACCUCCGAUAUGAGUACGAAGAAGGACUUGAGACAUGUACGUGGAUCCUCCACAACAACCCGCCCACCGUGGACGCCUUUCCCUCCCCAUUCCGUGACGGUGCGCCCGACCAGGCAUUUGAGCUUCAGGACCUCGCAGCUCCUACCCGACCCCUCCAGCCCCGGCCGCACCACGACACCGAGAGAGAGCAGAAGCGACGCCAGAAGCUCGAGCAGCUUCGCGAGGCCGACGACAUGAAGUUCUCGCACAGCCUGCAGUUUAAUGCAGUGCCCGACUGGAGCAAUCACUACAUUGCUUACAGCAACCUCAAGAAGCAGAUAUACAGCCUCGAGACCCAGAUCAACCAGAGGAAUGCACACGUCGACGCCGAGUCGUCACCCCUGCUGAAUGGGGACGCCGCCGACCCCGACAAGGUCUUUACCAAUGCCCUCGACGUCGAACUCGAGCGUGUCACGUCCUUUUACAAGCUCAAGGAAAAUGAAAUCUACGAGGAGAUGAAUGCAUUGCUCGAGGAUGAGGAGUCGUUUGAACACCACCAGGCCGAAUACAAUGAGGAGAAUGAAAAUGCCCCGCCAGGCAAGAAGAGGCGCAGUGGCAGCAUUUUCAAGUCGAUUGGAUUUCAGCGCCCGCGCGCAAUGAGUGGCACAAGCGGUCACUCGACAGACCACGGCCCCGACGACGACUCGGACGAAGACAUGGACGAGACAUCGCGGCUGCGUAAGAAGAGCCCAGAUGGCCAGCGCCGACGUCGGCGGACCAACGAGGAGGAUAUGGCGGCCUCGCACGCUUCCUCGAGACGGUUGAACAGCGUCGCGUUCGAAGACUACCAUGACAUGGCCUUUUCCGCAUUGUACGACGAGGGUGUAUCGUUGAAGAAGCGCACUGUCAGCGUAUACGUUUUGCUGUGCGAGCUGCGAUCCUUUAUCCAGCUCAACAAGACAGGGUUCGAAAAGGUUCUGAAAAAAUACGACAAGAUCUUGGACCGGAAGCUCAAGAAGACGUACCUGACCAAAUACGUCUACCCCGCCUAUCCCUUCCAGCAAAGCACCAUGGACGAGCUGUCACGCAACCUCGAGCGCAUAGAAGCGGCGUAUGCCAAGAUUGGUACAAAGGGCGACAUAGCAGAGGCCAAGCGCGAGCUAAGACUACAUCUCCGAGAGCACGUUGUCUGGGAGCGAAACACGGUAUGGAGGGAAAUGAUUGGCAUUGAGCGCAAGGCGCAGGCAGCCAACAUUGGCAUCACGCAGACGUUGCUGGGCCGCGAAACUACCGGUGGUAGAGUGCGGCGGCAGGGCGACGACGACGAAUCAGACAUGAAGGAGGUGGACACACCGAUUGGAAGAUACAGAUGUCCACAAUGGCUCAUCAGCAAGCCUUUCUGGAUGCUCCUUACUUGCAUUGCCAUUUUUGUAGUGCUGCUGGUAUUGCCAAUCAUGGAAAAGCCUGAGCAGCAGAAUUGCCUGGCCAUGGUUGUCUUUGUUAGUUUGCUCUGGGCGACGGAGGCGAUUCCUCUGUUUGUCACAUCGCUUCUAGUGCCAUUCCUGGCUGUCACUCUCAACGUCGUUCGAAGCGAUGUUGAGCCCCAUCGCCGACUCGAUUCCAAGCAAGCUGCUUCAUAUGUCUUUUCCGCCAUGUGGACACCAGUCAUUAUGCUGCUGCUCGGUGGUUUCACUAUUGCUGCUGCGCUUUCCAAGUACAACAUUGCCAAGAUGAUGGCCACUCUUGUGCUUAGCAAGGCAGGCACCAAGCCCAGAACGGUUUUACUGGUCAACAUGUUUGUUGCUAUGUUUGCCAGCAUGUGGAUCAGUAAUGUAGCAGCGCCCGUACUGUGCUUCUCGAUUAUCCAGCCCAUUCUACGCAACCUCCCUGCCGACUCUGACAUGACCAAAGCACUACUAAUGGGAAUCGCGCUCUCCUCCAACAUUGGUGGAGCUGCUUCUCCCAUUGCCUCACCACAGAACCUGAUUGCGCUUCAGAACAUGCAGCCCGAGCCCUCUUGGGGCGUCUGGUUCUUCGUAGCCCUCCCAGUAUGCAUCAUCUCCAUUUUGCUCAUCUGGGUACUUCUCCUCGUCACCUUCCAGCCUGGAAAGGGCACCAGCAUUGUGCCUAUCCGCCCACUCAAGGACAGGUUCACUGGCGUACAGUACUUUAUCAGCAUUGUGACCAUUGUAACGAUUGCUCUCUGGUGUGUGAGCCACCAGCUGGAAUUCAUCUUUGGCGACAUGGGCGUCGUAGCCAUCAUCCCCAUUGUCCUCUUCUUUGGCACUGGAAUCCUCACCAAGGAAGACUUUAACAACUUCCUAUGGACCAUUAUCAUUCUUGCCGCUGGUGGUCUAUCGCUUGGUAAAGCAGUCAAUUCGUCUGGUCUCCUGCAUACGAUUGCCGAGUCCAUCACUGCUGGUGUCGAAGGCAUGAGUCUGUAUGGUGUCCUUGUUGUUUUCUGCGCUUUGAUCUUGGUUGUGGCGACGUUUAUCAGUCAUACUGUCGCAGCGCUUAUUGUGCUGCCGCUGGUGCAGCAGGUGGGACAGCAGAUGGCGGAGCCGCACCCGAACUUGCUUGUCAUGGGCGCGGUGCUGAUGGCAAGUGGAGCUAUGGGAUUGCCUACUAGCGGGUUCCCGAACAUGACUGCUAUUAUGAUGGAAGACUCACGGACAGGCCAGCGGUAUCUCGCCGUCAAGCACUUUUUGACUCGUGGUGUACCUGCUUCCAUUAUGACUUUUGUCGUCAUUAUCACGGUGGGCUAUGGCCUUAUGCUUGCCGUGGGAUUUUAA